UUGUGGGUAGCGGGGUGGGUUGUUGGGUACGGCGGAAGAGGACAAGUCCCAAUAAGAAACUAGCGCGAAAACCCCCUUGCACUGCACCCCUCGCAUACAUACAUACACUAAAUGCCUAGGUGCAUCACACACAUGCAUAAAUACCCACGAGCGAAUAAUGGCAACAAAACAAUUGCGAGCGACCCCGUAGUAGUACCAAUACCAGUGUCUAUGUGCCCCAAUCCCAGGAACAGAGACUGAGGCAGAGGCAGAGAUAGAGACAGAGAGGGGGACCAAGACCCCGAAGGCUGACUGUGACGACACCAUGGCAAGUUGAGCCAAUUGCAGAUGUAUCUGUGGCUGUAUCUGCGAAUUAUGUCUCAGGGUCAAGGACACUGCUUGCUACCCCGUUGUUUGACCUUAUUAACAAGAAUUUCCAUUCGCGACACGCAAGGCAGAGGAUUUCAAUACCCUUAUUCCUAGAUGACAGUUUUAGCGGAGUGAAAUCGUCCUACAAACUCCUUCAAAAGCGUAACUAUUAUCCUGCAGCGUAAUAAUCAACUCUGAAAGCGGAUAGCUUUAAAAAAAAAUUCUUUUAUAGAUUGUAAGACAAUUUAGCUUGUCUUAAGAUUGUUUGAUUUAUUUAUUGACAAAAUAGUGAAGGUUCCCAAAGAAAUCAUUGAAAAAUAGAAUAGAGUCUUGCUCUAGGAACUGAAAACCAAAGAACUGUACUCUUUACUUAAUAAACAAUCAUUCAUUGACAGAGCAACUACAUCAUUGUGGCUGGCUCCGCGCACAAAACGAUGUGCGAUACCAAAGACGAUGCGCAGAAAUGGAAAUGUGAAAUUUGCACCUACGAGAACUAUCCAUCCUCUUUGAAAUGCACCAUGUGCCAAGCGUCAAAGCCGUUGCUCAACGAAGAUAUCUUCCGGCUGAGUCCCGCCGCCCAGGAGAGUAGUGCGGUUGCGGAGGAAGCAGCUGCUGUUGAGCCUACACCCACGUCGACGUGCUACUCGCUCCAGCCGCAGCAGAAUCAGGCGAGACAGAGCAACGUGGCGGACAGCGAAAAGUGGCCCUGCAAGGUAUGCACCUAUCUCAACUGGCCGCGCAGUCUGCGAUGCGUCCAGUGCUGUACGAAGCGUGGCGGUGAUGCCAUCGAGCGCGGCAAUGACAAGAAUAACGAAGCGGAUGCUGACCGGGCUGGCGAGGCGUUGCAGGCGCUCCGCAUCAGUGGAACAGACACGGAACUUGGGGGGUGCGCCACAGAGAAUAUGGCUAAUAAGCCAGUCCAGCUAAUCGGGGCCACAGCCUCGAAUCGGCUGAACCUUAGUCCGGGCAUUGACGAUGCCACGCAUCUAAACAAUCUCGCCAAUGCAUCCCACAACCAGUCGCGUUCGCAGUCUCAGAACCAUCAGCCUGCCCAGCUUCAGCAAAUGCAGUUACAGCUUCAGCAAAUGCAGUUACAGCUUCAGCAGCACCACACGCCGCAACAGCGGGAGUCCUCAUCCUCAGCCACUGACACGCCACAGCAGAAGCCCUGCUAUGUGGCCAAAUGGGCGUGUAACUCGUGCACCUACGAAAACUGGCCGAGGAGCAUCAAGUGCUCCAUGUGCGGCAAAACAAGGGAGCGAGAGGUCAGUGGAUCGCAGAACGACUUGCACGCCUCCUCAAGUCUGAACAUUCAAGAGGAGCACCAACAACAGCAGCAGCAACAACUACAGCAGCAAGGCGUGGACACCGUUAGUGUCAACAACUCAUUCAAUAAGAAGCACAUUUACCAACUUGGUUCCUCGGAAACCAUCAACAACUGUGAUACGCUGCAAGAGCGACAGGAGCGCCGCCAGCGUCAAAUACGACGCCAGGUGGACUGGCAGUGGCUGAACGCCUGUCUUGGUGUCGUGGAAAACAACUACAGUGCCGUGGAGGCCUAUCUCUCCUGCGGUGGCAAUCCGGCGCGUUCUCUGACUAGCACUGAGAUCGCGGCACUCAAUCGCAACUCGGCCUUCGACGUAGGCCACACGCUGAUCCACCUGGCCAUUCGAUUUCAUCGGGAGGAAAUGCUGCCCAUGCUGCUGGCGCAGAUCUCUGGCUCGGGGCCAGGUAUCAAGCGCGUGCCGUCCUACGUGGCCCCCGACUUGGCGGCCGAUAUCCGUCGUCAUUUUGCCAACACCCUGCGCCUGCGCAAAUCCGGCCUCCCCUGCCACUAUGUGCAAAAGCACGCCACCUUCGCCCUACCCGCCGAGAUUGAGGAGCUGCCGAUCCCGAUUCAGGAGCAGCUCUACGACGAGCUGCUCGAUCGCGACGCCCAAAAGCAGCUGGAAACGCCGCCGCCAGCUCUGAACUGGUCGCUUGAGAUCACGGCUCGGCUUAGCUCUCGGAUGUUCGUCCUUUGGAACCGAAGCGCUGGCGAUUGCCUCCUGGACUCGGCCAUGCAGGCCACCUGGGGUGUCUUCGAUCGCGACAACAUCCUGAGGCGAGCACUCGCAGAUACACUGCACCAGUGUGGUCAUGUGUUUUUUACACGUUGGAAGGAGUACGAGAUGCUGCAGGCCUCGAUGCUACACUUCACGCUGGAGGACUCGCAGUUUGAGGAUGACUGGAGUACACUUUUAUCGCUGGCAAGCCAGCCGGGCUCAUCCCUGGAACAGCUUCACAUCUUCGCGCUGGCGCACAUCCUCCGACGUCCAAUCAUCGUGUACGGCGUCAAGUAUGUGAAGAGUUUUCGCGGUGAAGACAUCGGUUAUGCGCGUUUCGAAGGUGUCUACUUACCUUUACUCUGGGAUCAAAACUUUUGCACCAAGUCACCCAUCGCCCUGGGCUACACUCGCGGUCACUUCAGCGCCCUAGUGCCGAUGGAACCAUUCACAAGGAUCGAUGGACGGCGCGACGACGUGGAGGACGUGACAUAUUUGCCGCUUAUGGAUUGUGAGCUCAAACUCUUGCCUAUCCAUUUUCUCACCCAGUCUGAGGUGGGCAACGAAGAGACCAUGAUGCGCCAGUGGCUGGACGUAUGUGUAACCGAUGGCGGUCUACUCGUCGCCCAACAGAAGCUCAGCAAACGGCCGCUGCUGGUGGCUCAAAUGCUGGAGGAGUGGCUCAACCACUACCGCCGAAUUGCACAAGUGAUAACGGCGCCCUACAUUCGUCGCCCCCAAAUAACACAUUACUCCAGUGACGGCGACUCGGAUGAGGAAUAGAUGCAAUGUCUCUGCGUCUGCGUAUAUAUUUGAAUACCAUUAUUUUUUACUAUCGGCGAUCGAUGGCAGCAGAUGCGGAUGUUGAAUUGAAUUGGACACGUGCAGAUCCUACACACACAGACACACUUGCACCCACAGUUAGCUAAUGGAAACUAUAGAGAAUACAAAGUGCAUACCAUAUAUGCGAGCAGUUGACAGAGUUGUAGUACUAACUAAAUUGAGAGCAAAGGAAACUAAAGCUUGAGCCGCAAUGUAAGAAAAUACAUUGAUCGACGUAUGUAUAUCAUAUCCGUUCCCAACUCAACGUUUGUUGAUUUUAGUCAAAUUUAUUCACACUGCGUCGACCAGAACAGACAGAGGAAGAGCAUAUAUGUAUGUAGUAAACGAAAUUGAAGCUAUACACUAUACUAGUAGAUCUAAUUACACUCACAUUUGAAACAA